UCCUCCCUCCUUUUUAUUUUCCCGUCUUCCUCAUUUGUGUCAGUUAACCUUGGGAAUGUUGGACCGCCACUAAAAUACUGCUCUCUGGCUCGGUCACUGAGGCGCUGCUGAAUAAAGACUAGUUAAGUUCUGACGGAGGGAAAAAUAAAGAGAAGAAUGAAUAGCUCCUGUGUUAAGUGCCUGAAACAAAUGGUGGUAUCUCUCCAUUUCCUCUGCUGGCUGUGCGGGGCCUUUGUGGUGGCGUUGGGAGAGUUCCAGAUGAUGCACUCCAGGUUUGCCUCUCUCAUCACCACCUUCUGGCCCAUCUACCCUGCCAACACCAUUAUUGUCACGGGCACCAUUGUCACGUGUGUGUGUUACCUGGGAGUGUUGGGAGGCAUGAAGGAGAACCGCUGCAUGCUCAUAAGUUUUUUUGUCCUGCUGUUCAUCCUGAUGCUGGUGGAACUGGCCAUGGCCUGUGUGUUCUUUGUCUAUAGCAGAGAGAUUGGCACAUACUUUGAAGAAGACCUGACACUCAGUCUGGAAAUCUACAGACAGUCAAGUCCAGGAGGCAACCACACCAUUAAAGAUGACUUUGAUACAGUCCAGCACCUGUUUAAGUGCUGUGGGGUUCACAGCGUGGCCGACUGGAAGGGGAACGUCCCCGUCUCGUGUUGCUCUUUGGACCCCUGUAAUGUUGCUGGCCAGCUCAACUGGGAAGAGGGUUGUAUGGUGAAGCUGAGGGACUGGUUUGCAAGAAACUACCUCAGCACGGCAUCAGGAGUCGUCACAAUGUUUCUCAUCCAGUUCGCAUGCCUGAGUAUUACCAUCCCUCUCUUUUGCCACUUAAGUCGACGAGGACUUGGUUACCAGUAAAAAAUAAAGUGCUUUAAACUGUGUCUGCGACUUGCAACAACAUCAUCAACAUUUUAUUCAUCUCUUCUGAAAAUCUUUCUGCCCUUUCCAGCCAUUGAUGCAAACUUAGGAAAAUGCUAAAAUGCCAGGUGAGAUAAAAGACCAUUAAAUGUUAUGUUGAAGAGGUCAUUGCAUAAUUCUGUAAAACCAGCCCUAACAUAAAAGGGAUAUGUUAAUCCAGUGAAUGUUUUUCAGCAAGUCUGCGUCUCCUCCUGGAAAUGUGAGAUCAGCCGGGGUCACUGUAUGAAGAACAAAGUGAAUAUUUGUUUUCAUCAGCAUCACAUCCUCAUAAUCAACAACAGUAAAACCACCUGCCUUGUAUUUUUAAGCGCCUUAAGACUGUUCUGAGCCACUGGGGCACUGCAAUGAACCUCUAGUCCACUUCCUGAGGGGGUCUUGCAAGAAUUAGGUUUGAUCUGAAGCAUCUAAAAAGACUCAAAUGUACUCCGAUCUGGGAAGUUUGAAUGCCGGGUGAAUGCUUUCAGUUCUUUGUCUAUUUCUUACAGCUGUCCCUGAGUAAUUUCUGCAGUGGAUAGGAGCAUUGCACACUGGCACCAUGUAUUCCCACUGCGACGAGGCAUCAUACGGAUGCUGCAGUGAUGUUUGGCCACUCGGUUUGUGUCAAACUAAAGUCUAACAGUGUGGUUUUACUGUUGUGGCUGAUUAAUUGGUUUAUCAGCAUAAACUCUGUAUAAAACUGUAAACUGUCCAACACCUCUUUUACAGUUUAUUUACCCUGUAUGGAAUAUAUAUAUAUAUAUAUAUAUAUAUAUAUAUAUAUAUAUAUAUAUAUAUAUAUAUAUAUAUAUAUCUUUGCUUAUCGUAUGUGGUUGGUCUUGCUGAAUGUAUGUCAGUUAUAGAUCAUGUCCUGUAAUUUCACUAGAUCCCGUUUAAAGUUAAGAUACACAGUGAAAUAAAAACAA